CGCAAGGGCGAGGGGCAAGGUCUUAAUCGUGCGACUUGCAUAGUUACUGUAGGCGGUGGGAACAUCUCGCUCCAUCUUGCUGCUCAUCCGCUCCCCACUCUCCCCACUCUCCCCAUCCUCGUCCUCGUCGUCCGUCUGGCUCCCACAAAUGCCAUCUUCCCCCCCGCCCGAACAGUCCCCUUCACAACCACCACCACCCCCGCCGCUCGCGAAAAUACACAAAGUCGACACCAGAACUUCUCACUUGCUGGACACGCACGGCCGCACCCGUUUCUUUCACGGCGUUAACGUGGUGUUCAAGAGGGAGCCUUGGUAUCCACCGACGGAGGAGUUCGACCCGGUGACAUCGUUUUGUGAUGAGGACAUACGAAUCCUAGCCUCCCUGAACCUCAACUGCAUCCGUCUUGGCGUGCACUGGGCCGGCGUCGAGCCCACCCGGGGCGCCUACUCCACGGCCUAUCUCUCCGCAAUCCGGCACAUCAUCCAGCGAUGCGCGACGCUUGGCAUCUACGUUCUGCUCGAAUUCCACCAGGACGUGUUGCAUCCUCGCUGGGGCGGGCACGGUGUCCCCGACUGGGUCGCGGAUGCGUGUGGUGGGGCACCUGGUGCGACGUUGGCGGGAUUCAAGGUGCCGUGGUAUUUGGUGUACUUCAAGUAUGCUGUUGCGGACGCUUUUGGCAAAUUGUACGCCAACCACGACGGCCUCCUGGAUGCAUUCGCGGCGUACUGGAAACGCGUCGUUGAGGAGUACAGAGACGAGCCGAACGUUAUUGGGUACGAGAUCAUGAACGAGCCAUGGCCCGGCAACCACUACAAAAACCCCCUCCUCCUCCUCCCCAACCACGCCAGCUCCACAACCCUGCACAAAAUGCACACCCACGUCGCCCUCUCAAUCCGCUCCACAACCCCCUCCGCCCUCCUCUUCUUCGAAGACGCAACCUGGGACACCGCCUCCCGCGCCCCCUUCGUCCCCGGCGGCGCAGAAUUCGCCGACCGCUCCGUGCUCGCCUACCAUUACUACCAGCCCCCGCAACGCGCCGGAAUCAACACCUACCUCCAAAACAGGAAACGGGACGCGAAACGGUUAGGCUGUGGGCUGUUCAUGACCGAGUGGGAGAUGUGGGUGGGCGAUACCGAUCUCCCCACCACGAGCUCGGCUCCACUCCACCCCCGCAUCCAGAAGAUGUACGAAACCGCCGAAGCGGCCGACACGCACCUCCAGUCCUGGCUCGGGUGGUCGUACAAAUCCUUCGCGCAGGGUGCGGAUUCCGCGGACGGCAGUCUGUUCACACGCACUGGCGCGCGACGCCCGGAGAUCGAAUCGCUGUGGAGCCGGCCGUAUGCGAGUGCGGUGGCCGGGCGCGUCCACAGCAUGCGGUUCGAUUGCGCCCGCGGGGUGUUUGAGUUGUGCUACCGGCCGCGAUGGCGUGGGGACGACGCGGGGGAUGAUCAGGCGUACGAGACGGUGAUUGCGCUGACGCGCGCGACGCAUUACCCGACGGGGUUUAGGGUGGCGGUUUGGCCGGAGGGCGCGCCGGUGAGGUGGGUGGAGCGGGUUUUGGAGGCGGGGAAUUCGGUGGUGGUCUUGACGCCGGGUGCUGGG